AUCUGGUUUGCCUUUGUCAAUGGAUUCUCUGGUCAGAUUCUGUUUGAACGCUGGUGCAUCGGCCUGUACAAUGUGGUGAGUGUUUAUGUGAUUUACUCUCCUCUCUCCAUUACUGUGAAAGAGUCUGUUUUAGAAUUCCCCUCCCCUGUCGCUCUCUGGCAAGAAAACAUAUUUUCUGUGGCACCCCAGACGUGUUCCCCUUACUGCAGGACCAUAUCAUCAAUAUCCUGAGACAUUUCCCAUUUAUUUAUGACCUGUUGUUAAGUCCAUAUUCCCCUCGUGCCCCGAACUAUGUCCUGAAUGUGGAAAGAACAACAGCCUUGCAUGCCCCAAAGAGUGUAGUUAGCGAAGGUUGUCAUUUGUGAAUGAUAAAGGAACAGGUUGAAUAGAGCAGCACAUAACCAGCUCUGAGCAACUGGUGUCCCACAGGGUUCGGUUUUUGGGUCUAAUUAACCUAUGUUUCCUGUCUGUCAAAUGAAAGGAGCGAACGGGUGGAAAGAAUGUGUAUUUUUAACACUGUAACAAAAAAUGUGAAUAGUACAUUGUUUGGGUUUGAAGGAGCUGACGUGUAGCUUUAUGCGGUUUAUUAAAGAUAUACCCACGUCCAUAAACCAAAGCGAGUGAGGGAAGUGAGAGGAGAGAAGUGCCCGCACACCGUUGACGGAACGCAAAUGAAAGUGAUUUCAUCGUCGACCAAGAAAUUAGAACAUGGCUGUUUUCGAAGAUUGCUUAAUAAACUGCCAACAUUUUAAAGCAACAACAGUGGGGGGGGCUACUCUUUCACUUUACCUAAAAAGCGGGGAAAUUCCACAGGCUCUGUGGGAGUCUGUUGGAGGCAGUGGGCCGAAUCCGCCCCUCAAUGGCGAUGCUCGGCACCCUGAAUGAGAAACGAGCCCAUGCAGUGGAGCAUGUCCUCCUGCGUUCCACAAGCUCCGGCCUGCAGUCUGGAGCCUGCAGAUGGGCCAGUGUGGAACUCACACCACUGACCCGCAGAGUCCCCCAGCUACACAAUACUGACACUUCUCUCUCUGUUCUCUCACUCCUCUUUCUCUCUCUCUCUCUCUCUCUCUCUCUCUCUCUCUCUCUCUCAGCAGCUGCUGCAGAGAGAAACAUUACAAUACCACAUAGAAAUUACACUAGCUCCGCGAAAAUACCUGCUAACUAGUCAAGGGCGUCGCAGAUGUUAGUCCGAGAUGGCUUUUGCAUAUGAAUGGAGCGUGUCAAAACAAAAUAAAACCCCAAAAGUUCUACACGCUCAACAGCCUCCACUCAAUAGAAUCAGGGCAAGUCAUAACUUCAGCAUAUGGGCGAACAAUGCAAAAGCUAAGCAAAAAUGUUUUUCGUUUUCAAUAGGCUGUGUACACUGUUUACAAAACAAAAAACUUUUUACAAUGUUCACAAAUGUGGGAUGAACUGGGCAUGAACUGUCUAAUGGACAAUGAUGUAUAUAAGAGGUUUUGAAGCCACUGGUCGGCCAUAUUGGCACUCCCCAGUAGGAGCAGUCCUCCAUAGGAAUGAAGGGAAUUCUACAGUAUUUUAAUUAUAUGUCUCAAGGACAAAAUUACAUGUAUUUAUGUAUUUUUGUUGUUAUAAUGGGAACAGUAACAUUAGUAAUCUCAAAACAAAUUUACUUUAAGGAAAAUGGUUUUAUAUACAGUGAGGGAAAAAAGUAUUUGAUCCCCUGCUGAUUUUGUACGUUUGCCCACUGACAAAGAAAUGAUCAGUCUAUAAUUUUAAUGGUAAGUUUAUUUGAACAGUGAGAGACAGAAUAACAACAAAAAAAUCCAGAAAAACACAUGUCAAAAAUGUUAUAAAUUGAUUUGCAUUUUAAUGAGGGAAAGGGGGCAAUUACUUUUUCACACAGGGGCAUUGGGUGUCACAUAACUUUGUUUAUUAAAUAAAUGAACAAAAAUAUUAAUAUGUUGUGUUAUUUGUUCACUCAGGUUCCCUUUAUCUAAUAUUAUGUUUUGGUUGAAGAUCUGAUAAAAUUCAGUGUCCAAAAUAUUCAAAAAUGUAGAAAAUCAGAAAUGGGGCAAAUACUUAGCCUAAUAGGACAUCAGUAGUGUCCUUGUUUUCACUAAUGCAGUAAUGGAAUCAAUUAUGUCUUGAAGGUCCUUGUGAUUAUGAAAACCCUGGCUUUUAUUGGGUUACUCACUGAGGAACGAUAAGACUGUUUUCCCAUCCGAAAUUGUAUCUGAUAGUGUCUUUGCUAACAGGCCGUUAGUUGAAUCUGCUGGGCUUUUGAGUUCACUACCUUUAUCCUCACUUCUGGGUUUUGUGAGGGGAAAUGUUGAACAAAGCAAAAUGUUGUGGUUUAAUUUGACAUGUGUGUUUGUGUGUUUAGAUUUUCACCGCUCUGCCUCCUCUCACUCUGGGAAUAUUUGAACGCUCAUGCAGGAAAGAGAACAUGCUGAAGUACCCGGAACUCUACAAAACCUCCCAGAAUGCCAUGGGCUUCAACACCAAGGUAGGUCAUGUGUCUGUUUGUGCUGCAUUGAAGAAAGUUAGAGGAGCAUUGUCUCAACGAUUCCUUCAUUUUCUGUCAUUCCACUUUUACCCCUCAUGUUGUUUGUCUGGGCUACAUUUCCAUUCAUAGUGUAGUACAAUAUUAAGUAUUUUCUAAGCUUAAAUAGGUUUACUAAGGUUUACUUGGCACCAACAAACAAAAAGGGAGAUAUAAGACUGCAAUUAACCAGGCAGUUUUUUUUUCUUCUAACCUUUGUUCUGUCUCCGAAUUGACAUAUUUUACACACAAUGGAGACCUGAUGAGCUCCGAAAUGCUCCAAACUGAUUUUAGGUCAGUCUAAUGACAGAGCGUGAAUCUGCUCGUCUGCCCCAAUUGGCCUGUGUCUGACCCGUGGGGUCUCUACACAUAAUGAUCACCAGUCUUAACAGGUGCAGUGGUCAGAGGGUGUCUGCCUGCCUGUCUCUCUGUCUAUUGGGGGGGUUGUCCGUUAGCUUUCCCCUGCUGUCUGUUAAGAAAGAUGUCUCCCCUUCUCCACGCCUGCCCCCCUUCUAUGGCCUUCAACUCCCCCAUCCACGGCCCCCCUAGCCCCCUUACUUUACAGGCGUGGAGACCCGGUUAGUGCCGCAUGGAGACAGAUUAAAGCCUGAGUGGCCAUGGAGGUCAGGGGCGACAGGGACAGGGGGAGUGGGGAGAUAGCGGGCCAGGGAGAGGGGUGGUGGAGGAGGGGUGGAGGAGGGGUGGAGGAGGGGGAAGGUUAAAGGGAGAGAGUGUGCUCUGCUGUCAGGAUGUGAUGGCAUCAACUGCGGAAAAUUAAGAUUUUUUUUUUAAGCAAGGGGCUGUUUGAACUGUAGGCCUUCUGCCUGGUCUGGUCUGGCUUAGCCUAAGUACUGUAAAUAAGAUAUCCCCAGUCUACUGGUCUCACUCUCCCCAGAGAGGGGGCCAGUCACCUCACAGUUAGAGUUGACCCGUGGACCUUGGCCGGCAUGUCCCCCUCACAGCUUUUAUUUCUGUUUGGGUGAGAGAAGGGCUCCAUAUGGCCAAGUGUUAUAUGAACCUCCAGGGAAUAGCAGGGUGACAUUGUGCAAGGCAGGCCGCAGUCUCAGUUUUGUGGUUUCAAGUCGCCCCGCAAAUCAAGACUGUCAAAAAACUGUUGAUUCAAAUUGGUUUUCCUCCAUUUUUGUUUGACCCCUGAGUUGCUAAAGCCCUGUAAUGAUGACUUGGCCAGGUCACCGUGGUGUUUUCACUGGCCUGUCCACGCUUUCCCUCCGAAAAAUGUCCCUGCUGCAUGGCCCGAGGCGAGGUGCGAAAAUCCAGCUGGAAUUUGCCCGAAAUCCCUUUCUUUCUGCACGCCUGGCUCUUUUGUACACAACAGAUACUGUCUGGGCGAAUUAAAGGCAUUUGCGUUGAGGAAGUGAAAGAGAGAGGGCCGGGGAAGGGUGUGAAAUAUUUCAGGCGUCGCCCGCCCGCACCACUGUCCCCUUUCACUUUUAAUGACAUUUUCCUGACACUCUUAAUAAACCUCAGUCCCCCGAUGUGGCCCCCAGUAAUUACACCGCCUCACCAUUUCCCCCCAUUUACUCCUCCCCCUCUCCCUCCCUCCCUCCCCUCCUCCCUCUCUCUGCGCAACAGCAUUAAAGAGGAAGGACAGGAAAAUAUUUGGCCCGAUAUAAACUACAUCCUUUCAUGCUUUUUUAAGCAAUUAGGCGCUGCACAAUGGGCCCGAAUCUUUUAGCCAGGGCACGGACAGACACAGGCAGGCAUUCACGGCGGAGUUCUUAGCAACCUACCGGGAUACAGCAGAGGGGGGUGGGGAGUGAGACUUCACUAUGACAAAUGAACAUUUAUUGAUUGAAUUAGCAUUCAUUAGGGUGCUGGGCAUUUAGAGAAGCUAGUUGUUCCAUACUGUGUUGUGUUGGGGCAGAUUGAGGAGGGUGAUGUGAGGUGGGGUUGGGGGUAGGGGUGGUGGAGUCAGGGACAGAGGGGAAAGUUGUAGGUUACUUGCCAGUGGGAGGCUAAUUGGGUUUAAACGUGUAAUUGUAGCAUUGGAGAUAAUUGAUCCUACAUUGAACCACAGAGAGAGGGGGGUGAGGAGGGGGUACUCCUGCCAAUCCCUGCCCCAAUGUGGGGGCCUGUUUGCAGGGUGGGAGUUGAGGUGGGUGGGGGUGGGUCCCAGGGCUUUUGACGAUAGCAAAGGAGAGGAGGUCAGGCCAGAGGCCAAGGUAUGACAUAGGGCCCAGAAGAAGACACUCUCUGGAUACUCCUCUAUUCUCUCUCCCCUCCUCUUCUCCCGUUCCCCACCUGUGGUCUACAACACUUGGUUUCAUCAUCCAUUUCUUUGUGCUCAGUAGUGUUUUGAAAAAACCUGCCGUUGUUAUUACUUUUUGUAUAUAGCCUACCUUUUAUUUAAUGUUUUCAGAUAUACUGAGACAUUUUCACAUUUGUACUGCAUAUAACCCAUAACGCAGACUUUACUUACAACCACAGAAUCCCCAGUUGCCAUACUAACAACACAUGGCAGGGGUACACCAUUAGGGAAUCUGCCCUAAGAGAACCAGGUUGAAGUACAAGGAAAACCAUGCUGCAUACCACCACUCUCUUUUUCCGUUUGUCUUGAGCACUAAGAGUUGAUCGUUAUUCUACAAUUGCUUAAAACCUGUGAAAAACACAUUAACUUUAAUAAGCCGGUUGGUUUUUAUAAUUUGUCUUAAAUAAGAAAUUGUGUUUUCAUAGACCAAUUUUAUAAGUUGUCGAGGGUGCUUUUUACGGAAGUGUGACAUUAAAUUGGUCUAGUAUCCUGCCAUAAAUGUAUUAAAAAUUGAAAAUCUUGAGAGAGUAAACUGAUUCCCCCCCCCCAACUCAGAAUGUGCUCAGAAUGUUUUAUAAAAAUCUAUUGAAAACUUUUAGGAAUAACAGAGCAAUGAAUGGAGCAGGGUAGGGGAACGAGGGGGCAUGAAUACAGACUUUUUUGGCAGAGUUGAUUUCACGGCCAUUUCAUGCUACAUCACCCUUUAGUGUUGUGUUUGGUGACAUCUGUGCAUAAUGUAAAUUUGAAACAGUGUUUUUGGAAAAAGGACAAUUGAUUUAAACGUCUCAUCCAAGGACCACACACACACACACACACACACACACACCAACAACACACACACAUACUGUAGAGUCGCCUGUGUGGAAACGCACAACGCACAUACACGCACACACUGCUGUGUGCUCCUACUUUUUCAGCUUACUAAAGUUAAUCCACUUCAAACAUGUCAACUUCUCUGUGUUUUUAGAUUGGUUUCUGCUUGUUCAGUGCCCUCUUCAUUUAUUUUUGUGCCAUCUUAAAUUCACAUAUGAAAGACUAUUGAAAUUGAUGAGGGGGGAGGGGGGAGAGUACGGGAAAGGAGUGGGAAAGGAAAACUACCCCCCAACACAUACCAUCACACUGACAUAGCCCCACCUGACUUGCGUGCUCACACACACACACACACACACACACCAAACCUACACACAUCCCUGCACCCUCUCUCCUCCAGUACUACACCAACACACAGGAGGAUAUACAAAGUGUCUGUCAGCUGGGUGGCUAUUCAGAGAGGAGGCCCUACAAAACCGCCACUUAGCCGAGUGCUGAACCAGGACAAAGAGCCCAGGUCAGAGGUCGCUAGGCAGGUUCGGUCGGCAACCCGGGUUUCUCAUGCUUUUUCUCUCCUUCUUUCUCCCUGGAACCCACCCAACCCCCUCCCUCCUCCAUCCUUCUCUCCCCCCUCCUUGCAGGUCUUCUGGGCCCAUUGUCUGAAUGGCCUCUUCCACUCGGUCAUCCUCUUCUGGGUCCCCCUCAUAGCCUUCCAGCACGGUAAGCACCUCCCAGAGACUCUAACCCUAACCUCGCAGAGACUCAUCUGUCUUUUAAGGUUCUGUCCCAAAUGCCAUCCUAUUCGCUACGGUAUAUGGCAGGGUUCCCCAACAGCCGAAUUUGGCCCGCAGAUAUUAUUUUGGGUCCAAAAAUAUACUGUAUGUGAUCGUAUACAAAUGUAAGCAAGGUUUGAAAUGAUUGUGUUUUAGUCAAAUAUUAUAUAUGUUUGGGAUUCUUGCGGUCAAUUUGCACUCUAGAAAUGAUUUGUAAUUAUGUUCCGAACCCUGACCAUCCUCUGAAGAAAAUAAUCGUCCCAAAGCUGAAUCUAUACUAACAAUAUAUAUAAACUCAACAUGCAACAAUUUUACUGAGUUACAGUUCAUAGAACGAAAUCAGUCAAUUUAAAUACAUUUUAUUAGGCCCUAAUCUAUGGAUUUCAUAUGACUGGCCAGGGGCACAGCCAUGGGUGGGCUGGGAGGGCAUAGGCUCCUCAGACGAUGUGGAGGUCCUGGGCUGGCGUGGUUACACGUGGUCUACGGUUGUGAGGCGGCUUAUAGUAGAGAAAUUAACAUUCAAUUAUCUGGCAACAGCUCUGUUGGACGUUCCUGCAGUAAAUUGCAUGCUCCCUCAAAACUUGAGACAUCUGUGGCAUUGUGUUGUGUGACAAAACUGCACAUUUUAGAGAGGCCUUUUAUUGUCCCCAGCACAAGGUGCACCUGUGUAAUGAUCAUUCUGUUUAAUCAGCUUCUUGAUAUGCCACACCUGUCAGGUGGAUGGAUUAUCUUGGCAAAGGAGAAAUGCUCACUAACAGGGAUGUCAACAAAUUUGUCCACCAAAUUUGAAAGAUAUAUUUUUUUGUACGUUUGGAAAAUAUCUGGGAUCUUUUAUUUCAGCUCAUGAAUCAUGGGACCAACACUUUACAUGUUGCGUUUAUAUUUUUCUUCAGUAUAGUUGAUGAUCCCUGGUAUAUGGUGUACUGCUUUUGACCAGGUAGUGUGCUAUAUUGGGAAUAGGGUGCUAUUUGGGACUGAGCCUGGAUUUCUAGUCUCUACAGGCUCUGGGUGGAGUGGGGUCCAGUUAACACACAUACCUUGUCUCGAUAACUUUUCUUUUUACCCACUAGCCUCAUGAAUUAUAAUCAUCGGCAUGCUUGAACAUAAAAGUGCCUGCACAUGUAGGCGAACGUGCACACACACACACACACACACUUGAACAUACACACAGACAGUACACACAAGUUACAGUAUUCAGCUCACACCGAGAGAAUGUGUAUUUCUGAUACUAUGGCGUCUUGGCUGCUGGACACAGAAGACCACACAGGCUUGGGCCUGCUCUCCAAACAAAGCCCAGAGAGAAGCCCCUUCAGUCUGACUGACAGGCUGUCAGCAAGGCCUCAUCACACACAUAGGCAUAUGACUAGCAGGAAGCAAAGGGGAGCCAGACUCUCUCUCUCUCCUUUUGUCGUUCUUGUUCUCUCUCUCUCUCUCUCUCUCUCUCUCUCUCUCUCUCUCUCUCUCUCUCUCUCUCUCUCUCUCUCUCUCCCCUGCUCUAACACUCUCCCCAAGCACCCCCAUGUGUUGAAUUUGGAGGAUAUGUUUAUUUACAUGUACGUUUUAUUCACUUGGCAGACACUCAGAAAUUAGGGAGUGUUAAAGUAAAUACUUCCAGUACAAUCAAGGAGCCUAAUCUUUUAGAAACGGAACAAAAGUUGACCCAUCCCUUUACUGGUAUUUGAGUAGCAGUUUGCUUUUAUUUGAAUACUUCAUUUGUCAAAGAUUAUUAGACUAAUUCUGUCUGUCAAAGAUUACUAGAGUAAUUCUUGUUUUUGAUUUCAACUGGUCAUGUCAACCAUAGUCCAGACUCCUUCCUGAUUGCUCCAUCAGGUUGCUCCAUCAACCAUAUGCAAUGGACAUGCUUUGACACACACACAGUACGGCAACUCAUCAGUGCUGUUAUACUCCAGUGUCCAGUGUUACAUCUCACUGCGUGCUCUAAUGGGGCAUUAUGCUCGCCUGCACAUACUGUAUAGAGUACUGUACUCACAGUCUGCAUCCCAAAUGUCACUCUUUUCUGUUUAUAGUGCACUGCUUUUGACCAGGGCCCAUAGUGCUCUAGUCAAAAGUAGUGCACUGUAUAGGGAAUAGGGUGCCAUUGGGAUGCAGACACAGUCAAUGCCCUGGUUUGCUAUCUGGUUGUUUACUCCAUAGCAGAGAUUUCACAUAAUUUCCCCUGGUCUAAUGGAACUCUGUUUCUUAAAAACACUGCCCUGGUCCGAGUUGGGAGGAGUCGUGAAGAGGGACAUGACCAUAUGUCUAAAAGCUUUUCAUGUUGAUCCUUUUCACAGAUACGGUCUUUGGAAAUGGAAAGACCCCGGACUAUCUCCUCUUAGGCAAUAUGGUUUAUACAGUAAGUAUGCAUCUGAAAUGGCACCUUUUCCCUUUAUACAGUACAUUCAGAAAGUAUUCAGACCACUUGACCUUUUCCACAUUUUGUUACGUUACAGCCUUAUUCUGAAAUGAAUUAAAUUGUUAUUUCCCCCUCAUCAAUCUACACACAAUACCCCAUAAUGACAAAGCAAAAACUGUUUUUGAGAAAAUGUCGAAUAUUUAUACAAAAAUGAAUAAAAAAGAAUAUCACAUUUACAUAAGUAUUCAGACCCUUUACUCAGUACUUUGUUGAAGCACAUUUGGCAGCGAUUACAGCCUUGAGUCUUCUUGGGUAUGACGCUACAAGCUUGGCACACUUGUAUUUGCGGAGUUUCUCCCAUUCUUCUCUGCAGAACCUCUCAAUCUCUGUCAGGUUGGAUGGGGAGCAUCGCUGCACUGCUAUUUUCAGGUCUCUCCAGAGAUGUUUGAUCGGGUUCAAGUCCGGGCUCUGGCUGGGCCACUCAAGGACAUUCAGAUGGGUGGAGUGCUGCAGAGAUGUUUGUCCUUUUGGAAGGUUCUCCCAUCUCCAUAGAGGAACUCUGGAGCUCUGUCAGAGUGACCAUCGGGUUCUUGGUGACCUCCCUGACCAAGGCCCUUCUUCCAUGAUUGCUCAGUUUGGCCGGGCGGCCAGCUCUAGGAAGAGUCUUGAUGAGUCCAAAUUUCUUCCAUUUAAGAAUGAUGGAGGCCAUUGUGUGCUUGGGGACCUUCAAUGCUGCAGAAAUUUUUUGGUACCCUUCCCCAGAUCUGUGCCUCGACACAAUCUUGUCUCUGAGCUCUACGGACAAUUCCUUCAACCUCAUGGCUUGGUUUUUGCUCUGACAUGCACUGUCAACUGUGGGACCUUAUAUAGACAGGUGUGUGCUUUUCCAAAUAAUGUCCGAUCAAUUUAAUUGACCACAGGUGGACUCCAAUCAAGUUGUAGAAACAUCUCAAGGAUGAUCAAUUGAAACAGGAUGCACCUGAGCUCAAUUUCGAGUCUUAUAGCUAAUGGUCUGAAUACUUAUGUAAAUAAGGUAUUUCUGUUUUUUGUUUUUAAUACAUUUGCUAAAAUGUCAAAAAACCUGUUUUCAUUUUGUCAUUAGGGGGUAUUGUGUGUAGAUUGAUGAGGAACUUUUUUCAUUUAAUCAAUUUUAGAAUAAGGCUGUAACGUAAACAAAAUGGGGUCUGAAUACUUUCCGAUUGUGCUAUAUACAGUACCAGUCAAAAGUUUGGACACACCUACUCAUUCAAGGGUUUUUCUUUAUUUUUACUAUUUUUUACAUUGUAGAAUAGUAAUGAAGACAUCAAAACUAUGAAAUAACACAUAUGGAAUCAUGUAGUAACCAAAAAAGUGUUAAACUAAUCAAAAUAUAUUUUUAUAUUUCAGAUUCUACAAAUAGCCAUCCUUUGCCUUGAUGACAACUUUGUACACUUGGCAUUCUCUGCUUUUUUUAGCUUUGAGAAUGAAAACAUCUUUGUCUCUAUCACUAACCUUGUGUUAGCCUCAGUGUCUUGCUGUGAGACUAUUUAUCAGUUUGUUUUGGUUUCUUUAUUUCUUGACCGAAGUGUCAUUACUGUGUAUAAGUAAAAAUAUAUAUUUCAAGUUCUAAGCCAAAGAAUAAACCGUUAGCAUUCGUAUAUAUAAAAUGCUAUCUGUCAGUGCCUUUCCGUGUCGAACUUCUGGUGACUUUGAUUUGAACUUAUUCUCAAUGGAAGGGAAGAUGUUGGUUAAGCAUUUCACUUUGUGAUUUUCUGUUUCCUAGUUUGUGGUCAUCACCGUGUGCCUCAAAGCUGGCCUAGAGACCUCGUCUUGGACUAUGGUAGGCUCUCUCCUCGAACUACAAUAUAUUGUCUUUCCAUCAUCUUUCUCUUACCACAGACACCUGUAACAAUUGAAAAAAAGGCAGAUCUUAAAAGGUCCAUAAGGAUAUGUUCCAUCCAUCUGUUCCUCUUCCUCCAUCAACUCUUGGCCACCAUUCACAUUACUUAGGCCUUACACCAGAACUACUAGCAGAAUAACUUAGUCAUUGUGUAAUUACUCUGUAAUAAGAUGGUAAGUACACUGUAUUUACUAUUGUAACCCUCACCCUCACCUCCCACACUGUAUAUAUAUAUAUAUAUAUAUAUAUAUAUAUAUAGACAAAAGGAAGUAACAUGUUCUGUCUCCUCCAGUUCAGUCACAUUGCCAUCUGGGGCAGCAUCAGCCUGUGGGUGGUGUUCUUCGGUAUCUACUCCUCUCUGUGGCCACUCAUCUCUCUGGCUCCAGACAUGUCUGGCGAG